AUGGAUCUCUAUGACGGAACAUCUAACCCAAGCCACCACCUCAAUAACUUCAAAAGUAGAAUGUACCUGGUCGACGCUUCUGACGCCACCCGUUGUAAGGACUUCUCGACUAAUUUAACGAAGGCGGCCAUCAAGUGGUUCGAUAACUUGCCACCCAAAUCAAUAACCAGCUUCGACGAUCUUGCUAGAAAAACCUUGAUAGAUCAAGGUAUCUCGGCUGAUAUCUUGUUCAAACCCGCUUUUGACAAGCUCGGGUUAGAAGAAAAGGAUCUAAAGACAUACCCAGACAGCCUCUUCGGACUGGGAGAUACCCCAAUCCAACCUCUUGGUUACAUCUCAUUGUAUACCACUUUUGGAAAAGCUGUUGUUUCUACUCCUCACCUCUACAUGAAGUUUUCCACAGCAGAAGGGAUCGCAACUGUAAAGAGGGACCAAAAGUUGGCACGAAAAUGUUACAAUGAAAGCCUCAAUUUGAAAGGCAAUUCAGGAAGAAAAGAGGUCAACACCAUCGAGUUAGGAGGGGUCCGAACUCGUGAAGAAUUGCGCCCCAACCUGAGGAAAGCUUCUGACAUGCCCGGCAUAAAUCCCGACUUGAUGUCCCAUAAACUUGCAGUAUAUCCGAGCUCUCAACCUGUUCAACAAAAGCGCAGGAAGCUCGGAACAGAACGGACACAGGUCAUAGAAGAACAAAUACAAGUCUUGCUGGAGGCAGGGUUUAUAAGGGAGGUAAAAGAUCCACUAUGGUUAGCUAACGUUGUGUUGGUGAAAAAACAAAACGGAAAGUACAAAAUGUGUGUUGAUUAUAUCGAUCUCAAUAAAGCCUGCCCUAAGGAUCCUUAUCCAUUCCCCAGCAUUAAUGCUAUGGUCGACUUAGCCUCAGGCUAUAGAUAUUUGUCCUUUAUGGAUGCCUACUCGGGAUACAAUCAAAUUUCGAUGUAUAAACCGGAUCAAAAGAAGACCUCAUUCAUAACUCCAAAGGCUAACUAUUGCUACAUAGUAAUGCCUUUUGGAUUAAAGAACGCAGGGGCCACAUACCAACAAUUAAUGAACAAAGUGUUCUCCGCUCACAUAGAAAAAUUUAUGGAGGUAUACGUGGACGACAUGCUCGUUAAGACCAAAGAGGACGCUGGGAAGCUGGGAGGUUAA